AUGUCGAAGCAGCAGCAGCAGCAGCAGCAGCUACAUCAGCAGCAGCUGCAGCAGCAGCUGUUACUUCAGCAGCAAUCAAUGGAGGAGGGUGAUACAACUCCUCCUGCAUCUCCUGUUGAUGGUGCAGAUGCAGAGCAGCAGCAGCAGCAGCAGCAGCAGCAGCAUGAGCAGCAUCUGCAGCAACAUCUACAGCAUAAUUUAUGUCGUCGUGCUGCUGGUCCUGUAUCUCCUCCCCAUACCCAUCAUGGUACUAAUCAGCAGCAUCAGCAGCAGCAUCAGCAGCAGCAGCAGCAGCAGCAGCACACAGUCCCUGAUUAUUCAUUGAAGUCCCUUCCUCCUCCAUCAGCAUGGGAGUUGGAUUUUUCGAUCCCAUCAUUCCUUCCUCGUUUUGGCUCAAACAGCAGCAGCAGCAGCAGCAGCAGCAGCAGCAGCAGCAGCAACAGCAGCAGCAACAACAGUAUCCCAGGAGAAAUAAGUGAGACAGUAGGAGACGUAUUAACAAUAUAUAGUCCAUGGAAGGAGACACCUGCAAUACGUUUCCGUCUAAUGAUUCAUCCAGUGUCUCCUGUAGGUACAGGAGUAGGAGGAGGAGGAGGAGGAGGAGGAGGGGGGGGUAUAGGUGGUAUGGUCCCUGGUUCAACAGUAGGAGGAGGAGGAGGAGCAGCAGCAGCAGCAGCUGCUGCAGCAGCAGAAAGGAGACACUUAGGGGCAUUCUUAGAGACAGGAGCAAGAGAGGAUUUUCCUAUAGAUUGGAUAUUUCAGCAUGGUGUACGUUUUUAUAUAUAUAUUAUUAAUCCUAUUGAUUAUAGACAAUCCUUAUAUAAGCAAGAUAUAUAUACAUUCUCUAUAGAGGAUAUAGAUAGAGGUUGGCAUAAUUUUAUUUCUUAUAAAGAUCUACAACAAGAACAAUUCUUCUCUUCUUUUCCUCCUUAUUCUCCUUAUACUCUAUUCUUUAGGGCUGGAUGUAUACCUGUAUCUGCUGCUGUAUCCAGAAGAAUCAGGACUCCUUGUCCUCCUCCUCCUCCUCCUCCUCCUAUUCAUAAUAAUAAUAAUAAUAAUAAUAAUAAUAAUAAUAAUAAUAAUAAUAAUAAUAAUAAUAAUAAUAAUAAUGCAGAUACUUCUUCUGCAGUCGUUAAGAGACAAAAUCAGCAAGAACAGCAGCAACAGCAGCAGCAGCAGCAGCAGCAGCAGCAACAACAACAACAGGGAUGUGGUGCUACCCAACCAGGAGGUUUACCUAUAGUUACAUGUCCUCCUCCUCCUCCUCCUCUUCCUCCUCCUCCAGGUGUAUGUGUAUCUGGUACAACAGAUGGAGGAGGAGGAGGAGGAGUAGGAGGUAAAUCAUCAUCAGCACAAUCAGCACAAUCAGCAGCAGCAGCAGCAGCAGCAGCAGGUAGUCUAGGUCGUAAUGGUAUAGGGUAUGUAGGCCUACGUAAUCAUGGUGCAACUUGUUACAUGAAUGCAUUAAUACAAAGUUUAUAUUAUAUAGGAGGAGGAGGAGAUAGGGACUGUAAUGGUAUUAUUAGCUCACAACAUGAAGGGUUAAUGGAUGUUGAGGGACCAAGUCCUGCAUUAUCUGAGACAGAGAUACCUCCUGCUGCUGCUGCUGCUGCUGCUGCUGCUGCUGCUGUUGCUGCAUCUUCUUCUGGUGCACCAGGAUGUGGUGGUAGUGUUGUUGUAGGAGGAGGAAGAAGAACAAGAAGAGGAAAGAAAGGAAAAAGAAGAGGAAAAGGAACAAAAACAAGAGGAGGAAGAGGAGGAGACAGUAUAAUGAUGAUAAGGGACAUACAACAACAGCAACAACAGCAACAAGAAGAAGAAGAAGAUAAUAAUAAUACAUGUACAUUAAUAGAAGAGGAUGGAGAUGAGGAGACAGAAGAGGAGACAGAAGAGGAGACAGAUACAGAUACAGAAGAAGAAGGAGAAGAAAAAGAUAAUAAUAAUAAUAAUAUAUUAGAUGAUGAAGAAGAAGAAGAGGAAGAAGAAGAUGACGAAGAAGAAGAAGAAGAUGAUGAUGAUGAUGAUGAUGAUGGUAUUAUAUCUGAAUUAGAGGAAGAAGAAAUAAUGGAUCUAUUAAGAGAAGAAGAAAAAGAGAGACAGUCUCCUCCAUCUAUAUCAUUAGCCCUACAGAAUUUAUUCAUAAAAUUAUUUACUGGGGAAGAAGCAGUAGGGUAUAAAGAUCUAAUUCGUUCCUUUGGUUGGGAUGCAGCAGAUGCAUUUACGCAACAAGAUACACAUGAAUUAUAUAAAUUAUUAAUAGAUAAGAUAGAGGAGCAAAUAAAAGAGAAGAAAAAAGAGGAAAAAAAAGAGGAAAAAAAUAGUAUAAAAAAUAUAUUUGUUGGAGAAAUGGAGACUUAUAUUGAAUGUAUUAAUAUUAAUUAUAAAAGUAUAAAAAAAGAAAUAUUUUUAGAUAUUAAUUUAGAUAUAAAAGGAUGUAAUAAUAUACAAGAAAGUUUAAUUAAAUUAAUUACUUAUGAAUUAUUAGAGGGAGAUAAUUCUUAUGAUGCAGAUAUACAUGGUAAACAAAUCGCUAAAAAAGGAAUUAUUUUUCGUCGUUUUCCUCCUGUUUGUGUAUUUCUUCUUAAAAGAUUUGAUUUCGAUUUCCAUAGAAUGGAUACCGUCAAAGUAUUCGAUAGGUAUGAGUUUGAGAAGGAAUUAGAUUUAAAUGAAUUCUGUGAAGGUGCUGGGGUGUAUACACUACAUUCAGUGUCUGUACACCAGGGAGAUGUUAAUUCAGGUCAUUAUUACUCUUUUAUUAAACCUUCACCAGGAAAUCAAUGGGUCCGAUUUGAUGACGAGAAGGUAUACCAUGUGAGUGAAUAUGCGGCAAUUGGCGAUAAUUUUGGUGGUGAAGAAUUAGAGUGUUAUAAUUAUCUUAGGGGAGAGAGGAAGCCACGUACACGUAAUAAACCCUAUAAUGCAUAUAUUCUUGUUUAUGUUAAUAAGGCUCUUGCACCAGAGAUACUUGCUGAUUGUAGCCCUCUCAAGGUAAACCCUCAAAUACUAACUCGUUGCCGUAUAGAAGAACAAUUAAAAAGAUUAAGAACUUCUAUACGUAAUGCAUUAGAGAAAACUGUUAGGGUAAAAGUAUAUCAUCCUAUACAAUUUAAGUAUCGUAAUUUCUUAGAGUUUCCUUAUCUAACAAUCCCCCCUAUAUUAGACAUAAAACGUAGUCGUGAUGAUCAGCUGCAGCAGCUGCAUGCAAUUAUUACUGAUGAAUUAAAUAAAUUAUUUAUACUACAUGCAGCAGCAACAGGUAAUCCAACUGCAGCAGCAGUAGCAGCAGCAGCAGGUAUAGCCGGUUAUAAAAAUACUACUAUCAUGGGUUGUCGCAGCAGCAGCAGCAGCACCAGCAGCAGCAGCAGCAGCAGCAGCAGCAUGAAUUAUGCAACAUUACCUGGUGUAUGUAGAUCAGCAUCAUCAGCAUUAGCAGCACAUGCAGGUGCAGCAGCAGCAGCAGCAGCAGCAGGAGGAGGAAAACGCAUGCAAUUCGUGCUGCACCUAAUGAGUAAUUCCUCUGAGCCCCCAAGGUUCGAUCCCUUAGAGCUAGACCGUCAUAUACAAUUAGGGGACAUAAUAAAAAAGGAGACAGCAGGAGGAGGAGGAGGAGGAGGAGGAGGAGGAGAGGGAGAGAGGGAAUUAGAGCCGCAUGUGUAUCGUUUAAUACAUCAAGCAAUGCUUGAUGGUGUAAUAGAUGAGGGAGCAGCAAGAGCAGCAGAGGUAUUCUCUGGUGAUUUAUUAGUAUAUUCAUUAGAUUUACCUCCUUAUCUGCAGCAGCUAAGAGAGCAGCAGCAGCAAAUAGGUCUCCGUCCUGAGGAUUUGCUGCAGCAGCAAACAUAUUGUCCCCUUACUGCAGCAGAAGAAGGACAUGCUAAUUUAGAGGCAUUAUAUGCAGCAGCACCACCAACAGCAGCAGCAGCAGCACCAGCAGCAGGAGCAGCAGCAGCAGCAGCAGCAGCAGCAGCAGCAGCACCUCCAACCCCAACAGCAACCCCGGCACCUCCAGGAACCGUGCAACAGCCAGGAGGAGCAGCAGGAGCAGCAGCAGCAGCAGCAGCAGCAGCAGCAGCAGCAGCAGGAGAGGACACAUGUAUAAUACCAUGGGGAGGAUUAGGUGAUCAAGAAUUUCUUGGCAAGGUGAUGUCUUCCUCUGAGUGUCUCCUUUCUUCUCCUUCUCUUUUGUCUCUUUGCCCUAGCGAAGGAUCUAAUCAUUUAUUAUCUGAGGCAUCUGUAGGUUCUAUAGGAGGAGGAGCAGCAACAGCAACAGCAGCAGCAGCAGCAGCAGCAGCAGGAGCAGCAGCAACAGAAGGAAGCAUGCAAACAUCCGAGGAGACAGGUGUCUCCUCCUUGUCUCUACCUCAGCAUCCAUCAGGAGACAGUACAGCAACCCUAGUCCCUCCUUCCCUCGACAGCAGCAGCAAAGACACUCUACAGCAGCAGCAGCAGCAGCAGCAGCAAGGGAAGGGAAAAGGAGAGGAGACAGGAGGAGAGGAGACACCUCCUCCUCCUAUUGGUGAGGAUAUAUGGCUACAUAUACCUAAGACUAAGCCUAUCUCUAUUAAACAAUUCUAUCUUAAUGGCAAAAUUCCUGCUAGGAGGGCAUUGCAAUGGAUAGCAUGGCACUUUGGCGUCGAUCCUUCGCGUUUGCUGCUCUUCCCUGAGCCUCCCCUCUUAUCCUCACGGAAGGUUGUCCCUAUAGAUAUAGAUUCCUUACUAGUGUCUCCUGAUGGCUGCUGCUGGGACCAGCAGCAGCAGCAGCAGCAGCAGCACCAUCAUAUGCACCAGCACCAGCAGCAGCAGCAGCAGCAGCAUAUGGGUAUGCUUGGACAAAGAGGAGACAGAGAAAAUAAGAAACAAAUUACUCUUGAUGAAUUAUGCAUGCAGCUAAAGGCAGGACAAUCAUGGCCAGGUAGUAUAGAGAGGAAAAGGACACUAGAGGCAGCAACAGCAGCAGCAGCAGAAGCAGCAGCAGGAGUUAAAUCUGCAAGAGGUGCAGCAGC